AUGUCGCAAGAAGAUUCAGAAGAGCAGAAUGCUGUUCUCUCUUAUUUUAUCGGCCCAAAGGGUUCAAAUCUGCCUGACUUUAGAGCAAAUAUCAACACCAUUUUGGAUGAGCUGCUCGAGGCCAGGCUUAAUUAUUUCUCCGAGGAUGAGAAGUUCAUCACUGCCAGAGUCAGGCGCUCGCCAGAGUUUCAGCAGAUCAGAGAUAAUCUGAGCCAUGCCGUGCGCAAAGCCGCCCAGCUCUUGGGCGAGCACUCCGUGCCGUUCUGGUCGCCGCGGUACGAGGCCCAUAUGUGUAUGGACUUGACCAUGCCAGCAUUGCUAGGGUAUUUCAUGACCAUGUUGUAUAAUCCCAACAACGUCGCACUUGAAGCAAGUCCAAUUACGACCUUGGUAGAGCUGAAGGUUGGACAACAGCUGUGCACUCUAUUUGGCUACAACACGGAGAUUCCAAAAUCCCCAUCCUCCAACGUCCCCGUAGGUUGGGGUCACAUCACCUCCGGUGGCACUGUUGCGAAUCUGGAAUCCAUGUGGGUUGCGCGAAAUCUCAAAUUCUACCCCCUGGCUCUAGUGCAGGCAAUGAAAGAGGGAGACCUCAAGUUUGUCGCCCACAAGUUCAAGGUCAAGCCCUGUAAGCCUGAUGCUGAAGAAAAGCUCCUCGUUGAAAUGAGCACUUGGGAACUGCUCAACCUCCGCCCUGAAACUGUUCUGGAUCUUCCCAGGAAGCUCAGCGACGAAUUUGAUAUCUCGAGCAAGUUCAUAGAGGAUGCGCACAAGCCAUAUAAUAUCCAAACCGUUGGUAGAGAACCACUCGAGAAGUACUUCAAGGUGGAAAAGCAAGCCAAGUAUCUCAUCUCAACGACGCACCACUACUCGUGGCCAAAAGGAGCAGCAAUUACUGGUUUAGGCUCGGGAGCCAUUAUAAACAUUCCUGUCGAUAAUGAUGCCCGCGUUGACCUCCAGGUGCUGGAGGAAAAACUGCUGGAGUGCGCCAAGAGUCAGACACCUGUAUAUGCAGUUGUCGCCGUGAUUGGCUCAACCGAAGAAGGGGCUGUGGACAGACUAUCCAAGAUCGUAGAGCUGCGAAAGGAGUUGCAGGACAAACAUGGUCUGUCUUUUCUCAUUCACGCUGAUGCAGCUUGGGGCGGCUACUUUGCCACCAUGCUGCGCAGAACACAAUAUGGUCCGGUCGAAACCAAGCACAUUGCGACAGCUUCUGGAGAAGACAAUGUUUCCUUCACAGCAGAAGGAACCUCUGAUAUCAAAAGGCUUGUGCCCGCUCUCUGUUUGAAGAAGACAUCCGAGGAAGAUCUCUUGGCUCUGAAGCAUGCCGACUCGAUUACCGUGGAUCCCCAUAAGGCCGGCUACAUUCCGUAUCCCGCAGGAAGCUUGGUGUACCGAGAUGGAAGACUGCGACACUUGGUAACCUGGUCCGUCCCCUACCUCUCGCAGGGAUCAUCUGACAACAUCGGCAUAUACGGCGUUGAGGGAAGCAAGCCUGGUGCAGCAGCAAUGUCGGCAUGGUUCUCGAACCAUACCAUCGGUCUGAAUCCCAGCGGUUACGGAAUGCUGCUGGGUGAAGCGGCCUUUACCAGCGGCAGGCUUUCUGCAUAUUACGCCACCAUGGACAAUGAAUUCUUCACCUGCAUCCCCUUCAAUAUGCUGCCCGCUGAAGAGAAUGGCGCCAAAAAGUUUGAUUCAGACGAGGUGAAGAAGCAGAAACAGUGGAUUCGCACAAACAUCAUAGGAAAGUCCAACCAGCAAAUCAUCAAGUCACCGGAAGCUGUGAACAUGCUCCGGAUGCUAGGGUCGGACCUCAACAUCAAUGCAUUUGCCAUCAACUGGCGAAAUAAAGACAAGAGCCUCAACAAUGACCUAGACGAAGCAAACUACUUGAUGAAGAGAGUCACGGACAGGUUGUCCGUCACUUCCGCCAACACUGACCCAACCAAAAUCCCCAUGUUUUUGACGUCGACCAAUUUCGGGCCAGACGACUACGGCAAAUGCGCCCAGACGUUCAUGGAGAGAAUUGGUGUUGAGAAAUGCGACCAAGGGCUCUUUGUGAUGCGCAAUGUGGUUAUGAACCCUUUCCCAACCGAGAUGGACUUUGUUGAGAAACUCAUGAACAAAUUCGAAAAGGUGGUCAAAGAGGAAGUCAAGGUGUGCCGAGAAAGAAACACCCCCAAGCACCCAGUACACUUCCUCGUGCAGGGGCCUCGUGCUCUCGAGAAAACCACGGAUUUUUUCCUAGUCUUCCAGACAUAUUUCAACAGCGCGACUCGACGACAGCAGCUUAUUCUCUCGGCGACGAUGAACAAUCGACUGGCCAGGUCUUACAGCUCCCUGGUGGAGAAUGAUGCCUCUGCUGUAAUCUUUCUAAAAUCUUGUCACAAAUUAGACAUCAAGGAGGACAUUGCCAUGCAAAUCAAGAGAGGGGAGCUUGUGAAGCUCGACGUGGAAAUAUACAGAAAGGGCUACGAGUAUGUUCGAAUCCCAUCCCGCAUAUCGUCUGACAGACCAAGUCUAACAGGAGACAGAUCUGACGCUCAGGCUGGAGAAGUGACCUUUAAGAAAGUCAUCAAGAGUCGGCCUCUGAAUUCCGCCAACCAAGACAGGGACUACCCUGCCCAUUUCAUGCCGUUCUAUCUCUACGGUACAGAGAAGCAGAAGCACAUCAGCCACAUGCUCGUUCGGGCUCCCAAUAUCGAUCUCUCCGCCAGCGACGUCUCCUUCUCUGAGCCCCUCCCCAAAGCAGUCAAUGACCUCUUGGGCAAGGGCUUGAUCCUCGGUCUGUCGGACAUUCCCGAGGCAUCCAAGCAGCCCAUGCCGAUGAAAAACAAGCUCCUCCCCAAGAACUUUUUCUUUGGCGAGAAGAAAAAGUUCAAAGUGGAGGUGUGGGAAGAUCCUAAUGAGUCUUGGAGCGCAGGACCGGGACUACUCCAAGGGCUCAAGAAUAAGUUGUAUACCGGAACCAUGACACUUGGUCAAUCGGUCCUGGUUGAUGCAGAGGGGCCUAAUAAGGACAAGUUUGUUCGUAUCACGGUGGAUUCGGAUUCCUGGCAAAAGGAGUUGGACGCCAUUGCAGCUGUGUUGAGUGGCACGAAUUGA